AUGUCGUCAAGAUUUGAAAGUGUGUUUUCUAGCUCUGCAUUGAAAUUGGCCAACUACUUGGACAAGUUACCCAAGAUCUACAAUGUAUACUUCAUUGCUAGUAUUUCAACUGUUGCUGGUUUGAUGUUUGGUUUUGACAUCUCAUCCAUGUCGGCCUUCAUUGAUGCUAAGCCCUAUGGGAAGUUUUUUAACCACCCAGGGUCUACAUUGCAGGGCUUUAUUACAGCUUCAAUGGCGUUAGGGUCCAUCUUUGGAUCCAUUGCAUCUUCAUUUGUUUCGGAGCCAUUUGGCAGAAGAUUGUCGCUCAUGAUUUGUUCGUUAUUAUGGAUGAUUGGUGCUGCUGUUCAAUCGUCAUCACAAAAUGUUGCUCAGUUAAUUAUUGGUCGUAUAAUUUCGGGUUUAGGAGUUGGAUUUGGUACUUCUGUCGCCCCAAUUUAUGGAGCAGAGAUUUCGCCCCGUAAAAGAAGAGGUACAGUUAAUGGUCUCUUCCAGUUUGCUGUUGCUUUAGGAAUCUUGAUAAUGUUUUACUUUUGCUAUGGUGUUGGACACAUCAAUGGUGUUGGUAGUUUCAGGGUUGGCUGGGGGUUCCAAAUUGUGCCUGGCUUACUCCUCUUUCUUGGCUGCUUCUUUAUUCCUGAAUCACCACGUUGGUUGGCCAAACAAGGUAAAUGGGAACAGGCUGAGGAAAUUGUUACAAAGAUUCAAGCCCAUGGAAACCAUGAAGAUCCUGAAGUUUUGAUUGAAAUUGCUGAAAUCAAGGAGCAAUUAAUGAUUGACCUCGAAGCUAAAAGCAUCACCUACUUUACUUUAUUUACAAAAAAGUACCUAUUAAGAACAUUCACGGCAAUGAUGGCCCAGGCUUGGCAACAGUUGACAGGAAAUAACGUUAUGAUGUACUACAUUGUCUACAUCUUUCAAAUGGCUGGUUACGAAGGGGAUAAUAAUUUGGUCGCAUCGUCAAUUCAAUAUGUGCUAUUUGUUGUUUGUACCGUCCCAGCUUUGUUUUUGUUUGACAGGUUUGGUAGAAGACCAUUGUUGAUUGGUGGCGCAAUACUGAUGAUGAUUUUCCAAUUUGGUCUCACGGGCAUUUUGGGAACCUACGCUGUACCUUGGCCAGAUUCUGGAAACGAGUCUGUUACCAUCAGAAUUCCAAGUGACAAUAAAUCAGCAGCUAAAGGUGCCAUUGCAUGCUCAUACUUAUUUGUCAGUUCUUUCGCUGCUACAUGGGGUGUGGGGAUCUGGGUUUACUGUGCAGAAGUCUGGGGUGAUAACAGAAUUUCCCAAAGAGGCAACUCAUUAUCGACCUGCUCCAAUUGGUGCUUCAAUUUUGCUCUUGCUAUGUAUACUCCAACAGGAUUCAAAAACAUCAAUUACAGAACAUACAUCAUCUACGGUGUCCUCUGUCUCACCAUGGCCAUUCAUGUUUAUUUAGGAUUCCCCGAGACCAAAGGAAAGAGAUUGGAAGAAGUUGGACAAAUGUGGGAUGAAAAGGUGCCAGCUUGGAGAUCAGCCUCCUGGACCCCUAUGAUCCCUAUUGACCCAGAUUCAGAGUUAGCAAGAAAAUUGAGUGUUGAGCACGUUGAACGGAUUGGCACUAAAGCAAACGCAAGAGUCAGUGUUGACGAAGCUAGCUCAACUGAGAACAAGGAACAUUAG